GAGACCCAGCUCUGACCCCCCAGGUCUGUGACACACAGCUUCCCAACCUCGUCUCAACCUCAUCUUUGCAACUCAAGUUACGAACUGAGGUAUCGAACAUCAUGGCUGGAGCUCGUCGACUACAAUUGGCCGGUUUGGCCCUGCUCGGUGGUGUGUCCGCCCUGCAGAUGCAGAUGCAGAUACCUGAACAACAGGCACCGAUGAUUGCCGACGAGGCGCCUAUCGUCGCAACAUCCCCGUCCACCGCGUCGUCGUCGUCGUCGUCUUCUUCCAAGAAGCCAUUGGUCGAGACCGAGGCCCUUCAGGGUACCAUCAAUGCCGACAAUCUCCUUGCGCGCGCAAAGGACCUCUACGAUAUCGCGAAGCUGGGAGAGGAGGAGUACAACCACCCAACGCGCGUCAUUGGCAGCGAUGGUCAUCUCGGAACUUUGGAGUACAUCUACUUUGAGCUCGCGAAGCUGGGCGACUACUACAAGAUCUGGAACCAGACUUUCCCCGCCGUUUCGGGCAAUGUCUUCGAGUCGCGCCUUGUUAUCGGAAACGAUGUGCCAAAAUCGGCCUCUCCUAUGGCCCUGACCCCGCCCACGAAGGACAAGGAGCCCGUGUACGGCGACCUCAUCUUCGUCGAGAACAACGGAUGCGACGCUUCCGACUACCCUUCCAAGGUGAAGGGCAACAUCGCGUUCAUCCGCCGCGGCACCUGUGCGUUUGGAGCCAAGAGUGAGCAGGCCGGCAAGGCUGGUGCCAUCGCAGCUGUCGUGUACAACUACGAGACCGAGACUGUGCACGGCACACUUGGAACGCCUUCUCCCGAUCACAUUGCCACCUUUGGUCUGGGUGGUGACGAUGCUAAGCCCAUUCUUGAGAAGCUGGGCAAGGGCGAAUCUGUUGAUGCUAUUGCCUACAUCGAUGCCGUUGUCAACACCAUCCAGACCACCAACAUCCUCGCCCAGACCAUCGAGGGUGAUCAGGACAACUGCGUGAUGCUCGGUGGACACAGUGACAGUGUUGCUGAGGGACCCGGCAUCAACGAUGACGGCUCCGGCAGCUUGAGUCUUCUGGAGAUCGCCACUCAGCUGACCAAGUUCAGCGUCAACAACUGCGUUCGCUUCGCUUGGUGGGCCGGUGAGGAAGAGGGCCUUCUUGGCUCUGACUACUACGUUGAUGUCUUGCCCGAGGAGGAGAACCAGAAGAUCCGUCUCUUCAUGGACUACGACAUGCUUGGCAGCCCCAACUACGCCUACCAGGUCUACAACGCCACGAAUGCCGUCAACCCCACUGGCUCCGAGGAGCUGCGUGACCUCUACGUGGACUGGUACAAGGCUCACGGCCUUGCUUACACCUUCAUUCCUUUCGAUGGUCGCAGUGACUAUGACGCUUUCAUCCGCAACGGCAUUCCCGGUGGUGGUAUUGCUACCGGUGCUGAGGGCAUCAAGACCAAGGAGGAGGCCAAGCUGUUCGGCGGCAAGGCCGGCGACUGGUACGACCCGUGCUACCACCAGUUGUGCGAUGAUGUCGGCAACGUUAACUUGACUGCUUGGGAGCUUAACACCAAGCUGGUUUCUCACUCUGUCGCUACCUACGCCGUGUCCUUCAAGGGCUUUCCCGAGCGUACCAAGGCGGCUGCUGCCUCGACCUACUCGAAGAAGACCAAGUACCAUGGCAGCAAGCUUUUCAUCUAGGUGUGAGAGGACAAGUUCUUUCAAUACUAUGAAGAACUAGUGUACACUAUCUAGCAUAUGGUAAUAGGAGUAUAUCAAGAUGGGUUGUGUUGUAGUGUCGGAGCAGAGGAUCUGUUUAUUUGGCGCGCAUUCAUUUUACUAGUUACUUCAUAGAUAACAAGUUUGCAUUGAACGACAUUGCUCUACA